AUGCGAGCUCGCGAUGCAUUGGAGAAACCGACUCAACUUAUGGAGAAGGCUGUCUCGUUGAGAGCAACAUUUCUACAGACCCCUCAUACAUCGCCUUCCAAAUCUCGCGAGAGUUGGGAGGAGCACAACCAAAGCAUUGCAAAAUUCGUCGCUUCAUACGAAUAUCUGAAAAAUUCUUUGGAUGAUCUGUCCAAGCGAAGCCAAGAUUUACAGUUUACUGGGAUGCCCCCAUCGUUAUCAUUCCAGCAGACUAAAGAUGCUCUGCAAGAAAGGUGGAAGGAGUGGAAGAACGAGUCCUCACAGAUACAGGUUGCGGAAUUACUAUGGUACCAUAAGGCUCUGGUCAAGCGACACAGAGAGCUAGACCGAAUAGCGGAUACAAAAAUCCCUGCUGAGAUCGACACCAUGCCUGCUCAAGCCAGUACUAUCAAAGCGGAACCGGAUUCUUUUCCUGCAACCGAAAUGGGAACGGUACCUUGUCAUCCGUAUGAGACUAGAAGGCAAUUAACCCAGUACCAAACAAUCUCACCAAGACCAACCCAGCCUGAAACAGGAUCGUCCUCCCUCGGCAAUCAAAGCAAUGCCCGUUCUGUGGUACAGUCACCUUACUGCAACGUCUAG